AUGGCCAGCAACCAAGGCAAGGCGUUAGCACACCAUGGGCUACCUGCUUGCGGUCGCUGCUACGUAGCUGGUGAUCACCAUCAAAAGGACUGCCGGGCUUGCGGACAUUGUCUACGCCAUGGGCAUCAGCCAAAUGUUUGUCCGUACAAGGUUGACAAACUCUAUUGCGAUCAUUGUUUCCGCACCGGGCACACAGGCGGCAACUGUCCAAAACUCUCCGAUCCCCGACAAGUUGAGUGCCAAGUGAAAGGCUGCGAGCAUGCAGAGCCCACUUGGCUUCACCCACACAAGCCUAACAAGGACAAUCCUUUGACCGCUAUUCAGCGUGCUACUAUCUGCGGUACCAACCAUGUCGGGAAGUCCACUGUGGCUAAGUCACCCAAAGUGGCCAUCAUCCAUGGCAACGGCAAUGCUCAAGCCCGUAGAGCACCUGAUUGCGGAGAUGCCAUAUACGGCCGCAAAUCCGCAGACCAGAGCUUGCUGAAUGGCCACAAUGGUCCAUCCGUCAUUACCAAUUACGUCAAGUUGCCCAAGAGACCAGAAAUUGUGUACGAGUAUCGCAUCGACAUCGUCCCACCUCCAACAACACCACCACGACAAAACCCUCAGAUGACACAGAGAAGCGAGCGCAAGCGCGUCUUCAAUGCUUUGCGCCAUCUGCCUGUGCUCAGUGGGCACGAAGACUACUUCACAGACUACGAUACUUUGUGGUCCUGCCGGCAGCUGAAUCAAGCACAGUUGGCCAAUGUUUCAGUGCAGUACUCCAAGCAGAGCGGCCAAACGGCAACAGUGCCAUCGGUCACUCUUUUUUUCAUUCGCAGUCUGAACUUCAACCAAGGCUCAUUAGAUCUGGUUGGGCGAGCAACACCGCAGCGCAACCCCAACUUGCUCAUCAAGGCUUUGAACGGCAUGGUGACCAAAUGCAUCACAGAACGCCCGCAGAACGAUCUGUUCGAGGCUAGUGCCAACAGCUUCUACAUGAAGAGUGGCUCAAGGGUCCUGCAAAACUCGCUACUCAUCAAUCGCGGCUACUUCACGUCUGUCAGACCGGGUCAGAAUGCUCCCUUACUGAAUGUCAACGUCAUGUAUGGCACAUUUCUCCGACCAAUUGUGGUAUCGAAGUUCUUGGACGACAUGACUCCGAGAUAUGGAGACGCGCAGAAGAUCCUCAAAGGCCGCACAGUCCGCAUAAUGUAUGAGCGCGGCACCAACAACAACGUCGAUCAUGAUCUCGAGCCCAACCGCAAGAAGCAAAUCGCUGGAUUUGGCAAGGUACCGCGCCUACAGCAAUUCAACGACGGAACUCGCAUGUGGACGGUGAAGGAGUGGUUCGAGAGCCAAGGCCUGACCAUUAACGAGCCCAAGCAACCAUGUGUCAAUGUUGGUCUCUCCGCUGGAGCUCGACCAGGAGGCACGGGCGCUUUGUGGAUACCUUCCGAAUAUCUCGAAAUCGAACCUUACCAGACUUUCGGCAACAUGCUCAACGCGGACCACAUGAGGGACAUGCUUGCCACUGCACUGAAGUCUCCAGCGUCCAACCAAGCAGCUAUCGUCGAAGAAGGACUUGGAUUUCUGGGUGUGGGCAAUGCACAGACUCAGAAUGCUCUUUACAAAACCUACAACUUCGAAAUCGGACAUCAGCUCAUUCGAAUUCCCGCUCAAUUUCUGAACGCUCCAGUUAUCAGAUACCUUAGCACUAAGAAGCCGAACAUUACCAUUGCAUCUUGGGACGUUGCACGCGACAAGUUCCUCCGAACAACACCGGCAUUGCAGAACGCGCUUCCACUCGGUGUUCUCGACUUACGACAGCGGCACGGGCCUAAGUCCGGUCCCAUUGGACUUGCAUUGUUGAACCGUUGCUUUGAUCACGGGAUGCUGAGAACCAGACCUGAUCGGAACAGCAUCCGUUUUAUCACACCAGAUCCAUUGCCGUUAAAUCCAGGGCCAAAGCCGUUCUCCCCAACGCCUGAGCACUGGAAGGCUUUCUGCAAGGAAAUCACCACUGCAUGGACGAAGGCAGGCAGUCCUGCAUUCGUGCUGGUCUUGAUCGACCAAAACGAUGCAGAUCUCUAUGCCGCUAUCAAGCUUGUUGCGGAUCGUCAUGCAGGCUUCAAGACCGUGAUAUGCACCAACAACAAAGUUCCAGUCGACACGGUGCAACAAGAGAGAGGACCACCGACCAGCCAGCUUGUAGCAGGCAACAACAAUCAGCUCCUUGGUCUCAUGUCCAACCUUGCACUCAAGUUCAAUAUCAAGUGCGGUGGUCAAAACCAUGCUGUGGAUUCUGGCAAUGUGUCUGCGUUUUCGCUGUUGCACUGCGCCGCACCUGCGGUAGGCAUGAAGAUGCCCGGUCAAAAGGCGCCACCGCCUGAUCCAAACAAUACUGACACCAUGGUCAUCGGUGUUGAUGUGGUCCACCCAGGUGGCGACACGCCGUCGAUUGCGGCCAUGGUCGGCACUGUAGACUCCCACUUCGCCAACUUCUGCGGCUCGAUCCGACUGCAACCAGGACGUGCCGAGAUCCUGACGCGAUCCAAUAUGCAAGAGCUCUUCGAGGAGCGUCUUGCAGCUUUCAAGAAGAAGGACAACAAAGCUCCCAAGCGAGUUCUCUACUACCGCGAUGGAGUGAGCGAGGAUCAAUAUUAUCAAGUGCUUUCAGAGGAAGUCGACAUCAUUCAGAAAGUGCUUCCAGAGGUUGCGAUCACCGCCAUUGUUGUCGGAAAGAGACAUCACACACGUUUCUUCUGUGCUGAUCCAAGCGCAUCGUACACCGAGAGGAGAGGAGUCAACGGAAACGCCAAGCCAGGCCUUCUUGUCGACAAGAUCAUUACACAACCUGCCACUCAGGAUGGGUUCCAGGAUUUCUUCUUACAAUCUCACGCCGCAAUCCGCGGCACAGCCAAGUCGGCUCACUACAUUGUCAUCCGCAACGACAAGAAGUGCAACUUGACCAUGUCCGCUAUUCACAACAUCACCCACGCUUUCUGCUACAACUACGCCCGUGCUACCAAGGGCGUCUCCUAUUGCGCCCCAGCCUACACGCUGACCGACUUUGCGACCGCAUUCACAGAUUCCUGA